UCAGCGGUACUCACACUUCACUGACUCUGCACACACACAGGCUGGACACACACUUACCACACACCUAGAAACACACACAAAGGCUCAUUUAGUCAAACCUGCAAAGAUGCCGUGUGUCAGCUCUCAUCUCGACCAGGUGGUGAAGAUGCCUUGUAGCCACAGCUCUGUGGGUGAUGAACUCCUCAUGGUAGAGCAGAUCCUCUCAGAGUUCAGGCUGAACAAGGAAGAGCUUAAAGAAAUCAUGAAGAGGAUGCGGUGUGAGAUGGAGAGGGGACUGCGUUUAGAGACACAUGAAGAGGCCAGCGUCAAAAUGCUUCCAACUUAUGUCUGCUCCACCCCUGAGGGAUCAGAGGUGGGCGAUUUCCUGGCUCUGGACCUGGGGGGCACAAACUUCCGUGUGAUGCUGGUGAAGGUGGGUGAAGAUGAGGAGAGGAGCUGGAAGGUGGAGACCAAAAACCAGAUGUACUCUAUUCCUGAAGAUGCCAUGACAGGCACUGCUGAAAUGCUAUUUGACUAUAUAGCAGAGUGUAUGUCAGACUUUUUGGACAAACAUCAUAUCAAGCACAAGAAGCUUCCUCUGGGAUUCACCUUCUCCUUUCCUGUACGACACGAGGACAUUGAUAAGGGUAUCCUGAUCAACUGGACCAAAGGCUUCAAGGCCUCUGGGGCAGAGGGGAACAAUGUUGUGGGUUUACUCAGAGAUGCUAUCAAGAGGCGAGGGGAAUUUGAGAUGGAUGUGGUUGCCAUGGUGAAUGACACGGUAGCCACCAUGAUUUCCUGUUAUUACGAGGAUCGCAGCUGUGAAGUGGGGAUGAUUGUUGGUACUGGUUGUAAUGUGUGUUACAUGGAGGAGAUGAGGAAUGUGGAGCUGGUUGAAGGGGAGGAGGGAAGGAUGUGUGUGAACACAGAGUGGGGGGCAUUCGGAGACAACGGGGAGCUUGAGGAGUUCAGACUGGAGUACGACAGGGUGGUAGACGAGACCUCGAUUAACCCCGGACAUCAGCUUUACGAGAAACUGAUCAGUGGGAAGUAUAUGGGUGAGCUGGUCAGGCUUGUCCUGAUGAAGCUGGUGAAUGAAGACCUGCUGUUUAAUGGUGAAGCAUCAGAGCUGCUGAAGACACGUGGCAGCUUUGAGACACGCUACGUCUCACAGGUGGAGAGUGACACUGGGGACAGAAAACAAAUCUACAAUAUUCUGUCCUCGCUGGGUGUUCUGCCGUCAGAGCUGGACUGUGACAUAGUGCGUCUGGUCUGCGAGAGCGUUUCCACUCGCUCUGCUCAUAUGUGCGGCGCAGGACUUGCUGGCGUGAUCAACCUGAUGAGGGAGCGACGUAGCCAGGAAUCCCUGGAGAUCACAGUGGGGGUUGACGGAUCUGUCUACAAACUGCACCCAUGUUUACGUGAGCGGUUCCACAAAAUCGUCAGGGACCUCACGCCUCACUGUGAGAUCAGCUUCCUCCAGUCGGAGGAGGGAAGCGGUCGCGGAGCUGCUCUUAUCUCAGCAGUGGCUUGUAAGAUGGCUGCAUGCCUGCGGACACAGUAAAGGGAGCUGUCUUGAGACAGGGCAGCAGUGAAGCAAGCCUGAAUUCUGAAUCUGAGAACACUGAUGACAUGUCAUUCACGGUCGGCAGCUCUGGCCUUUUUAGGCUCUGUGGGAUGUGUGUCAACAAAGCUGAUACUCAGCGCUGGAGGAUGUGCAGAAAAGAAAGCAGCAAACAACUUGCAUUAUACACUGUAUUUGGUAGUAUUAGACCCUGUAGCAAUUUCAGUGUUCCUGAACUUUAUGAAUUGGUUUACUGUGACGGACUGGCCAUUUCAAAAAUGGCUGAUGUAUUAUUGAUGACAGUGCUUACCAGUGAAAACUGGUUGAUGUACAACACAAAGAUUGUUUUUGUAAAACUUGUUGUAAACUAUGACUAAAUCAAAUGUAUUGCUUUAUUGUGUAAUUUCUGUUUGUGAGCAAUAAUACAUUUCUUUGGUAUUGUAUAUUUAAAUUUUAUGUUUACAACCUUAUGUGUGUUAGCCAGUAGAUUUUCAUAUGUGCUUGAUGAAAUGUUAAGAAUGUGAAUAAGUUUAACUGUAAAUAAAAUUGCUUAAUUAAAAUAAACUAUUAUACCCUA